AUGGAGGCCAUUUACAUAAAAGAAUGGGGUGUGGCUCUAAGAAAAAAUAUUUCCAACCAGCCAGAUUUAUCAAAUAAUAUUAUACCAACUCAACUGAUGAUACAAAUAGCAUUCAAAUUAUCUAAAAUAGAUUUAAGCAAUGCAAAAAAGGCAACUAUGUUAAAAAAUGAUGAAUGCAAUAAUAUUGGAAAUAUAAUUGGUGAAUCAUUAUGGCAAUCAUGUGGAAUAAUAAAAGAAAAUUUACCAACUCUGCAAAAUCCACAAUUUCUCACACAUUCUCAGUUCUUUUUUAAUGGACUUAUCACUGCUAUUCAGCAAAAUUAUAUUGAUCUUGGAAAAAAAAAUGACAACAAAAAUGAUAAAGAUUUAGAAUUAUGGUGUAAAAGAAUUUCAAUUCAGAGCAAAACAAUCAACUAUUUGAAAGGAGAUGUUCAUAGGUUAUCUGAAUUUAUAGCAAAACAAGAAUUAUAUACUUCUAAAAUACAAUUCAUAGACCAGCUCUGCAAGGAGUUAGAAUGCUCAAGGAAUGUUCCUGAGGGAUAUCUUCAUAAAUGGAAAACAUUCCUAGAAUUCCUACUGAAUGAAAAGUUGAAUAUAGAAAUAUUAAUAAUGGUUAAAUUUGGGGAAUGGUUCUAUGAAAGAAUAAUAAAUUUUUUAAUUGGUUCUGAUAAACAUCCUUAUAUUAUUCAAGGAACUUCUAGUAAACCUCUACCAAAUGGAUAUCGUGCUCAUCAGAUGCCUGAAAUGGUAGAGAUUUGGAUUGAUGAAUUAAAAAAUGCUUUACAGAGUCCUGAUGAAAUUUUUAUAAAGGAAUUGCAGACAGCCCGUGACCUAUUAAAUGAGCAAGAAUUUCUAAAUUUGGCAGAUAAAGUACAAUUAGCGUUUCACACCUAG